GCUGUGACGUAGUUCCGUCUUUAAGGACAACUUAAACUUUUUUUUUUUCGAAUGUCUCAGAAUAAUUUGACGUUUGACGCACUUUUUACAGUCUCUUUAAUUUUUACAAGUGUGAUAAUAUUAUUUUUUUAAGAGCGUAAACGGCCUCCGCCUCGCGGAGGAGCUCAGUAUGCUAGCGGAACUUCUCCGUUUUUUCCCUUUUUCUGUUCAGUCAGGAUGAAGUAGCUUCCGGGAGACAGGUUACCAGCAGUAAACAUGGCGGAGGAACUGCUGGAAACAGUGGAUAGACUUCAGUCUCGGCUCCUGGAGAAUCCGGAGCCACGAAAGCUACUGAAGACGUUCAAAAGACUGGGGGAACUUCCUAUGACUGUGGACAUACUGGUGGAAACUGGAGUGGGGAAGACUGUGAAUUCUUUUCGGAAACAUGAAGUAGCUGGAGAGGUGGCAAAAAGCCUUGUGGCCAAAUGGAAGAAACUGGUUCCUCAGUCUACAGACAGACCUAACAGCCACAUCAAAGAGGCAUCGCGGUCACAUACACACUCUCGAGGCCCAGAGGUGGGCGGCGGUGGAGGCCACAGACGCACCCGGGAACCGUCCCCUGAGGAAGAGCCCUCCUACAUGGAGGAGGAGCAGGAGGAGCAGGAGGAGCAGCAGGAGGAGGAGGAGGAGGAGGAAGAGGAGGAGGAGGAUGACAGAGGCUACCACACAAACUACUUGCCCUCACCUCCUCAUCACGAGCAGUACAGCCCUCCACAACAAGGAGGUUACCAGUCAGAUGAGUACCACAGCCCUGAGCCCGAGCCCAGUCCCCCUCCUCCUCGCAAAGAGGUCCGCCACGCCAAACCAAACAAAGAGUCCAACAAAAACCAUCAUCACGGUUCCCACAGUCACAAAAACAGGGACAGAGACGAGGAGCGGCGGCAACGCCAUGCACAGAUGAGUAGCGAUCGAGAAGGAGGAAGAGAAGGAGGCGAAGGGAAGAAACGCAGUGCAGACAAAGAGAGACGGCAGAGUCCGGUACAAAAGUCUGCAAAGCACAGCAGGAAGUCCACCACACAUGAGAGUAAGAAGGAGGAGAAGAAGAAAGGAGGAGAUGACGGGCGACUGCGGGUGCCGAGGGACUCUCCAUCCAAGGAGGAGGAAGAAGACUUUGAGACACCCACCAUGUCCUUCGAGUCUUUUCUCACAUACGACGCCCCGACGUCUGUCAGGAAGAAGAAGAAGCCAUCAUCAUCAUCAUCCUCGUCACACAGUCGACCGUCUCACUCUUCAUCCUCCACGUCGUCCUCCCGUCACACACGCACCCCUCCGACUGCACCCUCCUCCUCCUCCAAAGGGAGCAAAGCUAACGGCACUCAGAGCACCAAGAGGUCACAUUCGGGCUCCAGUCCAGCUGCAGCGACACCUGAAAAACGCAAGAGGACGGUGGAGGCCGUCCCAGCUCUUCCUGAAAUUCCUCUGCCGGCGAUUCAGCCCAAUUACAGACCUCUACCCUCCAUCGACGUCACGCCGCUGUCCCCGCAGAGACGGAAAGUACCCGUCUGCAAUGACGAGGAGGAUGCUGGUUUCACAGGGAAACGAUUCAACUCCAAGAUGGUGGUGUACUCAGGGUCCAAGACGUCUUACCUGCCCAGGAUGAUGACUUUGUACGAGCAGUGCAUCCGUGUGCUGCAGAACAACAUCGACUCCAUCGCUGAGGUGGGCGGAGUGCCGUUUGAGAUCCUGGAACCAGUGCUGGAGCGUUGCACACCGGAGCAGCUGUACCGCAUCGAGCAGAGCAACCAGUGUUUUACGGAGGAGUCUGACGAGUUGUGGAUGCGUCACUGUCAGCGGGACUUCAAGCGCGAGUCUCCUCAGGAGUAUGAGUCGUGGAGGGAGAUGUACCUGAGGCUGCACGACGAGCGUGAGGAGCGGCUGAGGAUGCUCACCCAGAACAUCUCCUCCGCACACGCCAACAAGCCAAAAGGACGGCAGGUUAAGAUGGCAUAUGUGAAUUCUGUCGCCAAACCGCCACGUGAUGUUCGCCGCCGACAGGAGAAGUUUGGCACCGUUGGAGGCUCGUCCACAGCUGCAUCCAUAGCGGCUGCAGCUCCCAUCAAAAUAAGGCCAGCUGCCACAGACAGCUCUGGUGAAUCAAGCCGCUCCUCUUCUUCCCAGUAUAACCCUUCUCCCAGCUCGUCUCGCUCCUCAGCACCAGGAGGAGGAGGAGGAGGAGGAGGAGGAGGAGCAGGACAUGUGGGCCGGGACAAGCCACAGGUCAAAAAAAUUGCCCCCAUGAUGGCCAAAACUAUCAAAGCUUUCAAGAACAGAUUCUCCCGCCGAUAGUGUGAAAGAGACUGAAUGUAUUUUAUGAAUUCCAGCAGUUUUUAAUUUAAGUUUAGAAAAAUUGGAGACCCCCGCACACACACACACACACGUCACUUUCACCCACCAAACAUAUCAAAUUAACUUUUCAGUAUUGUUUUUUUUUUCUUAUUUAAGCAGUAGCAUUUUUUUCAGGGUUCUUAUCUAAGUAUUUAAACCAUACCUGACAGUCAAUAGGUGUGACCUUUGUGUUACCAAAAUUAAGUCGCCAACUUUUUACACGAUCCGAGGGGCACACAUACAAACACACACACACACACAAACACAAACACUUGUUACUUUUUUCUUGCUUUGUUGCAGGCGUUUUAAAAGCAAUAGCUUGACAUUUGGGGAAAUAUGUUAUUUUGCUUUCUUACUGAGAGUUAGAUGAGAAGAUUGAUGCCACUCCUAUUUCUCUCAUGAAGCUACACCCAGCAGUCAGUUAGCUUAGGUUAGCAGGUUAGCAAAGACACAAAACAGGGGGAAACAGCCUGCCAGGAUCAUUUCAAACAUAACAAAAUCCACCUAACAGCAUCUCUAAAGCUCAAUAAUUAACAUAUCAUAACAUAUUACUUUGGUUUUAAUGUUCAAACAAAGCCAAUGUUGAAUUGUGUGCAAAACUGACAAUUCUGUGUUGUACAGCAGCGUUACUCGCUGAACUAUUUUUUGACCAGGACCAGUUGCUAGGCAACCAGUGGGGACACCAGAAGUUACUAGUCACGACUGAGGAUUAGGGUUAAUAGUUUGGCACUUACCCUGUAAAAAGCGGAAAUUACAUUUUUUACAUGUUUUUGGCCGUAUUAAACAAAUGAGACACAGUAUGUUAGUGAGCACACAACGAGCUUUAGCUUGUGCUGCAUUUCAAGCCUUUAUGCUAAGCUAACCAGCUGCUAGCUGUAGCUUCCUGAUUAUUGCACAGACAUAACGGUGGUAUUGAUCCUCCCAUCUCACUUUUGAUGGUAAAAACAAAACGGGACAGAAAAACACAGUCAAACAAGUCUCUUUUAAUUCGAAGAUCAGUUACUUUACAUUGUGAUCUAAUGAUACACUACAUGAGGAAAACCUGCUUGCUCUGUUUUUAUCUGUUAGUGGAGUGCAAGGUGUGCGUCAGCUGAGGUAUUAAGACCCCAGCAGAUUCAUCAACUGGCUGGUUAAAGACUCUGCUUUUUUUAAACAAAACAAUACAAACAUUCUUAUUUAACUAUGUUCUGAUUAUGUCCUUGAACCACACACACACAUGCGCGUGCACACACACACACACACGCAUCGUAGGCUUAUUUUAACUCUUCUGUGGCUUCAAUCAUGUUUUCCUGCUGUUGAAUGUGUGUGUCCCUGCGUAUGUCUGCUUCACUGUGACAAAUGACUUGAGUGAGGACUGAAGAGGCUACAGGAAACGCAGAAGAACAACAAGGAAAAAUAACAAUAAGACAGGAAGUUGAUAGGAUAUCUGCGCCUUCAGUCUACAAUGAUGAUGAGAUGUAUUUAUUUUCAACACUGGGACCUGGCACCCCACAACAUGGGCCUGAAAGGAAUUAGAUUUAAAACUGUAAUUUUAUUAGAUUUUAAUAAAUGUUAUAUGGUCAUUUUUAUUAAAAUUGACUUUUUGCCCUCAAA